CUACGACUUGUAGUCCUAGCUAAUCGUUUUACAUCUCAACUAUCUCAAUUCCAAAAAAAGAUUUUAAUAAAACGCCCACAAACCGAACUAUCGCAUACAACGGUCUGGACUCCAAGGCGUUAUGGUUGAAAUCAACCAUGGAGAGGUGCGUACAACGGAUGGUAGGUGUCGCAGUGGGUAUUGCAGCAGUUAUUGCGGCGUCUCGCUUAUACAGCGCAUGGAAAAAGAGAAAGCCAACACAUUCCCGUCGUCCUAACUCCGAAACUUCGUCUCAUCUCGUCAACUCGUCGGACAUCGACUCGCUCGCUCACCCGACAGACGAGUCGACGGCGUCUAACAGUGGAGGAGAAGAAACGAGUCUCUUGAAUUGCCUCUACGCCGUCGCCGAGGAUCAGGCUCGUCGCUACGGAGUCCAUCACCGCGGAGUCACGUGCAACCGCUGUCAAUCACCAAUCAGAGGCGUGCGCUACAAGUGCGCCAACUGUGUCGAUUAUGACGUAUGCGAGAAGUGUCUGACGUCAUGUAACCAUGACGACAUGCACGUGUUUUUACGUAUUUCGAUACCCGUCGCUUCGUUUGUGAAUCCUCGCUCGCCCGUCAUGUCGAGAUCGCUCUACCAAGGUGUCCCCAAUUCGUAUUCGAGAGCUUUGCUAUGGGACGAGGUGUGCCACCUGCAGGCGACGACUCACUUUGUACAGUCGGAAAUCGAGUCUCUAUUCCGUCAGUUUUGCUGUCUAGCAUCAAGCCAGGGGGGCAUCCAGAGACACGAUUUUAAUGCGUGUCUUGGACCGCUCGGUCUCGAAUGGAACCUCAUCGUCGAACGACUCUUUGCCUUCUACGAUCAGGACGAAAACGGGUCGAUCGAUUUUCACGAAUUCUGUCACGGACUGUCGAUACUGACGAAGGGCAAUCUGAGAGAGAAACUACGACCGGCGUUCGACGGUUACGAUCUAGAGAAAUGUGGCUAUGUACGGAGACAGGAUUUUCGUCGGAUGUUCAAGGCGUAUUUCUAUGUGACCGUCGAAUUGGUACGGGAAGCGGUUCGUGCGUGCGACGAGGAGAUGAUGGAGAGAUUCGAGGACGAUCCGAGUAAACCGGUGUCCGCAAUGUUUAACGCACCGAUCCCUCAGAGGCCGUCGUCAAGCGACGACGUCUCCGAACCAGUGGGGAAACCGCCGGUCCCUCCGGGUACACCUGGUCUCAUUGCCAGGAGGCGGGAAAUCGGCGUGUGGCCGGUACUUGAAGCCGUUUCUCAAGAGGCGAUCGAGGAGUUGGUAGACACGGUGAUGGUCGGUGCUGAUACGGACAGGGACGGUCGGGUUUCGUACGAAGAGUUUGAAUGUUAUGCGUUACUUGACCCGACUGUUGUUGCUUGGCUUGAUGCAUUAGGCCCUGUGUUUUAAGCCUGUUGUAUUAGUAUACCCAUGAUGGGUCAGUGUAGGUCAUAUUGGCUUGACUGAUGGAAUAC